AUGCAACCACUUCUUACUUCAGUUAGAUUGUCACACCUUGUCUCGAAUUCCGUCAAUAAAAGUAGCGCUCUUAUUCGUACUCGUUCACUGGUCAACUCUUUCAACCACCUUCCGUUGCUAACCUCCGCCACAACAAGACUAAUGAGUAGCGGUGGUCGAAACGAGGGAGUGAUUCGUGAAGCGGAUACUGCGUUCAGUAAAAAGGAAAAGGCUAUCGAGGAUCAAUAUUUUCGUGCUCAUGAUAUUGAAAAAAUAAAGAUUUUACAAGACGAGCUUCGAAAGCAGAAGGAAAAGCUUGCAGAACUUGAAAAUAAAGUUGAUGGGUUAGCAUCAAAAAAAUGA